AUGGAGCUUACUAGCGAUCAAACUAUCAAUUUCCUCAAUAGGGAAAUUAAAAAAGAGUAUAGGUCCCUGCGAAAUCGUCUUCAAAGCAUCGUAUUUGACCAUAAAUUUCUCGAUGAGCAGGUUAAGGCCGUAUUUCCAGACUAUCCCAUUAUACCAAACGAGAGAUGCGGAGUUUGGUACUGCGAUCCCAAAGAUUACUUGCAAACAAGCUAUUUCAAAUCAACCGAUGGUCAUACUAAUCAAUGGGAUUUUAGCCUCAGGCGGCUGAAUUUCCAUUUACUUCCAGCGCUCGCUGCAAGUGGAGGGAUAGUAGUGGUUGACAGCACCAGAAGAGGCAAACGUAUGCCGGAUGCUUUAAGCAAAACGGUUCCUAUCUGGUGUGCGGUUCUCAAUUCACUUCUUUUAGAGUAUCAAGGGCUCGAGGGCGAAGUGCUUUUUUGUCCUCCCCAAACGGUUUCUGAGUUUGAGUUUGAACGUAUCAAAUCCCGAAUUCCGGAUUUAGUAGCAAAAUUCAAGAAAAUGAACAUUCUCACAGGUGCAGACAUUGACCGAUUAUUCAAGGGGAAAAUUCUACGCCCUUUAUGGGUAUUUCCGGGUGCUUCUUUACUGAGCUCACAAAGAGACCCAUUCACGGGCGAAGUGCUCUCACAAAAAUGGCACACAGCAGAAUUAGAGAACUUUAUACCGGUUGUACUUUGCACUGUGAGUUACCAAUGUCAAGACGGCGUAGACAAACGGCACGGGUUUACAUACGUUCAAGGUGCGGCUGAUGACCAUGAGCUAUGGGCUCAAGGUUUGACAGCAGAAUUAUUUUGGAAACAUAUUAGCAUUUUAAGCAAUAUUAACCUGAGUGAUCAAGAGCUUGAAAGUUUUGUUGAAGACAAGAUUCAUCCCCAAGAACCAAACUCUGCUGAAAAUGGCCUCUCUCUUGAUCAAAUCCUAUACACAGACAUACUUACUGAAGAAUUGCACCUUGGCAAGAUUUCAAGCAAUGUCCAUCUCGGUGAACACCUCGUCAAAGAACUGAGGCUCAAAUAUUCUUUAGUGAUUAUCCUCAGCAACACGGUCACCUUAUCAGAAGACGAGGCUGCAAUCAAAAUCUUCAAGUUGCAGAGCGAGUGUAAAAAAAGUUCCAAAGCGCUUCGAACUGAGCUGAUAAAAAUAUGCCCUCUUGCUGAAGCAUAUCUACCCAAUUCCCUGCCGAUGUUGGUAUGCUGUAACACUGGAAAGGACAUGUCAGUGUGCGUUUCGCUCGCUAUACUAUGCAGAAACUACAAUGUUGGGAGUUGGGACUUAAACGUACAGCAAAGCAUUCACAAGAUUGAUAUUAAGAAGCACCUUUCAAAAAUCAUAACAAAACUUGAGGGCAGAAAUGUUAAUCCACCAAGGGCAUCGCUCAACAGUGUCAACGCAUAUUUAAUGUAA